UGUCGAAAUGUCGCACACCAUUUUGUUGGUACAACCGGGACAGCACCCAGAAACGCGCACCUACAGCGACUAUGAAAGCGUUAACGAAUGCAUGGAAGGAGUGUGCAAGAUUUACGAGGAACAACUGAAGCGACGCAAUCCAAACACUCCGACCAUAACCUACGACAUCAGCCAACUUUUCGAUUUCGUCGACCAGCUCAUCGACCUUAGCUGUCUCGUUUAUCAAAAAUCGACAAACACCUACGCACCUUAUAAUAAGGAAUGGAUUAAGGAGAAAAUUUACGUUCUUUUGCGCCAGGCUGCGGGUACUACCGCGUAAUGGUAGAUCUUGUAACAAUAACAGUUAAAUUUCAUUCGUCUUAGAGUGGCCAACGUCUUGGAAUGGCCUGAAGUCGUAGUACCAUAACA